GUUUUUAUUUACAUUCGUAUGCUGGGCGCUCUACGGAGACGGAGUCGAAUAGCUCGAUGCGUUUUAAUAUUUUUUUCUUCUAAUGCGUACGUCUAGUUUUUUAAUGUGUGUAUUAUAUUAAAGUGAAAGGUUUCUUUUUUUACUUCGUUGUGCUCGAAUAUACAUGUGUUCGUUUAUGUAAUUCGGUAGCUUUUCUUUACACACAAACGCAAAAAAGAGACGUAAUUAUAAUCGUCGGGUAAUUUUUCGUGCUCAUCUUUAUCUCCGUUGUCUUCGUUGUCGUUUUUACCUAUAUUUUUAUUAUCAGUUAUGUGUUGUGUUGUGUCGCCAACAAAGAUCGUAUAAUACUGUGAAGUGAUUACAUAUUUUCAUGCAUAACAUACGUAUACAUGCGUACGUCGAGAUACAGUAAUUCAUAAAAAUCCAGCGUACGAUCGAAUAAACCGAUACAUUGCCUCUACUGCAGAAAUGCCAUCGUUAUUGGAAGCUAUCAACGAGAAAUAUGGAAUAUACGGAGAUGAGAUAUUCGAUCAAACUCCGGUGGCCAUAUACGUGCCAAAACGUAGUCCUCGAAAGUACAUACCAUCUUUACUAGUCCUAAACGACUGUGAUAUCGAUUCAGCGGGCCAUGAAAUAGAUUUAAAAGAAAAAUGCAAAACCGUCGAGGAUUUAGAUUUAGCUCAAAAUAAUCUUUCACAAUGGAACGAGAUUCUCACUAUAUUAAGGAUAAUGCCGAAACUGAAAUUUGCCAAUUUAAGUUUCAACGAUCUCAGCGAAGAUGUACUGAGAUGCGAGGAACAGCAAGCGGAACAUUUUCCCAGCUUAAAAAGCAUCGUUUUAAAUGCCACACACAUAACGUGGACAAAUGUCACGCGAAUAUUAAAAUUACUUCCUAACAUUGAAGAACUCCACCUAAGUCUGAACGAAUACAAUGAUAUUGACUUGAAAGACGACGAUGGCAAUUUGAUAUGUCUACCUUCAGUCAAACGACUUCAUUUCACAGGAAAUCACGUAUCUUCGUGGUCAGUCAUACGAAAAUUAGGCCAAGCGUUUCCAAAAUUAGAAAUACUGGUUUUAGCCGAUUGUCCUUUGACGUCACUCAGCACAGGACAGCCGUCAUCUGAACAGUAUGGCCGAAGUGAGAGUCAGUCAGAGUCAUCAGAAAUAGAAUCAGAUUCGGCACACAGUUCAUUCCGGUAUUUGAAAUUCCUCAAUUUGAACAACACUUUACUAUCGACUUGGGACGAUAUAGACAGAUUAUCCGGGUUUCCUUCCUUGCAAUGUCUUCGUGUACUAGGCUGCCCGUUAUUCGGGGAAUACACGAAACACGAACGUAGACAGCUUCUGAUAGCUCGUCUUCCCAAUAUAAGAGUAUUAAACGGUGGCGGUGAAAUUACAUCAGAAGAACGAGAAGACGCCGAAAGGGCAUUUAUACGUUACUACAUGGAUAAACCAGAAAGCGAUCGACCUGAAAGGUACACCGAACUGGUUUCAAUCCACGGUAAACUUGACCCUUUAGUAAAUGUCGAUUUAUCACCAGAAAGAAAAGUCAAAGUAGCCAUAAUUUAUGGAACAUUAGUCGAAGAACGCAGUAUCGACGUAUACCAAACUGUGAACGAAUUGAAACAGAAAUUAGAGAACUUCGCCGAUAUGUCAGCAUCCAAGAUGAAAUUAUUCUACUCAAAUCAACAUAUGAAACAGGUCAUCGGCCCGGAACAUAUGAAAUUUCCGAACAAACAGUUGUACAGUUACAAUAUACGUAACGGAGACGAAAUAAUAGUCGAGUCGAAAUUGAACAAAUAAGAACAUCGAAGCCCAUAUACAUAUGAGAACGUAGAAUUUGUAAUAUAAUCUAGCAGAGUUUGAAAGAAUAUAUUAACAAACCUGUAUAUUUAACUCUGAUUGAAGAUAAAAGAGGAUUAUACGAAGUUCAGUUUUAAAAAGUAACUUGAGCGAGUGCUUUCAUUAAUUUAAUUUUUAACAAUUAAGUUGUUGAAUUUAACCUUUUUAAAAAACUUGUAAUUAGUAUACUAUACUUCAAGGGAACACAAUUCCAAAAAAUUCGAGUUGUUCAUACACAUUCUACUCUUGACUGAACUUUUAAGCAAACUACGGGGUAUUUCAAGCCAAUAUUACUGUUGAAAACACAGCCUACUCAUACAUGUUCCUACAUAAAUCAAUUUUUUAAAAAGGUGAAUAAAAUUUUAAAAAAUA